AUGCAAUUGACAGGCAAGGAGGGUGUUUCGGAACGAUCAUUGCAACCCGCGAGCGACCAUGAUCUGGACGCCAUCACCAACAUCACUCAUACUACCAUGCUGAAACAGGAAGAGGACCCAUCAUCAACAUCCCAGGCUACCAAGUUAUCGUCGUCGUCGUUGGUGGUGUUCCCACCCAUCGCAAGCAUAGCAGACAUGCCCAGUGACCGCUGCCGCGAGGAUUUGUCGUCGUCAAGCUCUAGGGCGGUUCUCACGCAUGCUCCACAACGCGAGUUUGCUGACCUACCCGACAUCUCUGCCAUGCUUAUAGACAGGACGAUGAUGAAGCAGCAGUGGAUAGAAUCUGAGCAACUACUGUUCAGCUUGGUGGGCGAGUUGCGGAUGAGAGUGAAGGAAGAGUCGGAGCGGCACCACAACGCGCAGCAGAAGGUCCAAGUAACGAGUGAGUCGAAUGCCACACUUCAGGCUCAGAACAGUCGUCUGCAAACAGACAUCGCCGUAAUGGGAGCUCGAAUUGCAGACUUUCAGUCUCGAAUACAAGAGCUCGACGCAGAUUGCAUAAGGCUGGCAGAAGUCUAUGAAGCCUCCCGGAGUCAGAUGGCGGCCCAACUAGCGUCGGUCAGACAAGGCUCGAUGGAGGCUUCAUUUGUACUGGAAGGUCUCGCGACAGCAAAGUCUCGAUGGGAAGCUGAGGAUAUUCAGACAGCAUACAACAAGGUCAAGGGGAUCUGCGAGAGUCGUCAAGAAGAGGUUAACCAAUACCGCACCAGAUGUCAGUCGCUCUCGGAUCAAUUGCGUUACCUAUCAGAGAAAGUCGAGGAACUCAAUCGUGAGAAUGAUGAGCUUCGCGUUGCCAGUGAGGCCCUCCAGGUUACAAAUCACACCAUGUCUGACCGGAUCGAGUUCCUGAAACAAGCCAAUGAGUACCAGCAGUCCAUUCUCAUUGCUCAGUUACGCGACGUUGAAAUAAGGUGCUGUGAGUCCAAUGCAGACGAGCUAAGCAAGAUCAAGCAUGAGCUCGCUGGAGCCAAAGAAGUAGUCAAGGAUGUUGCAGUGUUAGAAUCGAGAGUCAGAGAGGGUACUUUGAAGGCUGAGGACCUGACGACUCGGAAUGCACAGCUGGAUACAGAACUGGGGGCUUUGAAAGAAAGCACGGCGCGUCAUCAGGAAAUCAUCACACAGCUCCAAGAAACAAAGCGACGAUUGGAAAGCGAGAACCAGCGCCUAAUGCAGUCUUCUAUGAGCGCCCAGGCUGAUUAUGUGAUCGAGCUCAACGCGACUGUUGAGCGUUGCGAGGAGUUGCGUCAGCGCCAGGUCACCGAGAGCCAGACUGUGAUAGAUGACAAGGACGAGCAAAUAGGAGAACUCACCAGGCAUCUUGAGACCAAUACUCGAGAGUUCCAAAAGUUGACUGGUGAGAAGCAACAACUGGUAAGACUCGCCUGCUCCUCUCUCCUUUUGGAUCUUAGCGACGACAAGAUUUAUGGCGCCAACGGUGCCAUGGAUGAGUUCGACUAUCAAGCCCAGACUGCCGCUGCCACCGAUCGUGAAAUGCUCGAACUUAGGGUUAAGAUUCAACUCUUGCAGUCUGACCAUGAUUUCGUCACAAAGGCUCGGAAUGACUUGAGGGAUGAGUUGGAAGCUCUUCAACAGGCACAUGAGGCACAGCAGUGGAUCUGGGGACCCUACCUCUGCUGUCUGUCAGGGUUCGGAAAGUCCCAGUUUCGUGAGUCUACCUGCAUGCAGCGCGCGAGCACCGUCUGCUUUGACAACCGCGAGAAGCAACACCAAGUCUACAACCACCGCUGCCGAUUCCGCCACCACGCUCACAUCCGCUGUAAGGACCCCGGGCAGUCGAUCUCGAGGCGUGACAACACUAUCGUCAUCCUCAACGACACCAGCAACUGCUGCCGCAGCAGUAUUGACUAUUAG